AUGUCGGCGCCGCUGCGUCACACCGCGCUGCACGGCUUCCACGUGAGCCACAAGGCCCGCAUGGUUCCCUUUGCCGGCUACCACAUGCCCAUUCACUACUCGCGCGGGCUCCUGCACGAGCACCUGCACACCCGCCGCGCUGCCGGCCUCUUUGACGUCUCGCACAUGGGGUCCUUUGAGGUGUGGGGGGCGGACCGCUACAAGUUUUUUCAGUGGCUGACGCCCAGCGCGGUGGCGGAGCUGUCGGACGGGCAGUCCGUCCUGACGCUCUUCCUCAACGAGGCCGCCGGGGUGAAGGACGACUGCAUCGUCUCCAGGUACGCCGACCGCCUCCUUGUCGUGGUCAACGCGGGGUGCAAGGCGAAGAUCAUGUCACACGUGCGGGAGCGGCUGGCGGAGUUCAAGGGCGACGCCGCCGUCGUGGAGUUGGACCGUGCGAUGGUGUCGCUGCAGGGGCCCGCGGCGGCGGCCGUGCUGGGCCCCCACUUGGAGGACCUGGAGAAGCUGCACUUCAUGCACGGGCGCCGCGGCGUCGACGUGCAGGGCAUCGACCUCACCCUGACGCGCUGCAGCUACUCCGGCGAGGACGGCUUCGACAUCAGCGUCCCCCACGAGCACGCCGUGCGGUUCGCGGAGCUGCUGCUGCAGAACUCCGCCACGGAGCUCGCGGGGCUCGGGGCGCGCGACAGCCUGCGCGUCGAGGCCGGCCUCUGCCUCUACUCGCACGAGCUCGCGGAGGAGAUCAGCCCGGUGGCGGCGCGCCUCAUGUGGAGCAUCCCCAAGAGUCGCCUGGCGGAGGGCGGCUUCAUCGGCCACGCCCGCCUCAAGACGCUGCUGCGGCGCGCGAAGGAGCUCGUGCCGCGCUUGCGCAUGGGCAUCGUCUCCCUCGAGAAGGGCCCGGUCGCCCGCGCCGGGGCGCCGAUCCUCGUCGACGGGGCGGUGGUCGGGGAGGUGACGAGCGGUGUGCCGUCGCCGACGCUCACGCGCAACAUCGCGAUGGGGUACAUCGACCGCGCCCAGGCCCGCGUGGGGCAGCACGUGGAGCUGGACGUGCGGGGGCGGCGGGUGCCGGGGGAGGUCACCCUGCCGCGUUUCGUCCCGCUGCGGUACUACAAGGGCUGA